AUGAAACACAAUCUAGUGUGUCAGACACCUCCCACUGUCACUGUUCAUGUAAAAUCGAGUGCAUCCAGAUCAUAUCAGCAAAAAAAACUUACUAGACUAAAGCGACCCGCUUUCAAAGACCAUCAAGAAAAUUGUGAAAAAGGGGUUCCUAGUCAGAAAUAUAAACGUCCAAAGGGACCAUGUCUAGUUAUUCAGCGUCAGGAAAUGACAGCUUUCUUUAAAUUAUUUGAUGAUGAUCUAAUCCAAGACUUCCUUUGGAUGGACUGUUGCUGUGAAAUUGCAGACAAGUAUCUCUUGGCAAUGACUUUCGUUUAUUUCAAGAGAGCUAACUUCACAACAAGUGAGCAUACCAGAAUCAAUUUCUUUGUGGCUCUGUAUCUGGCAAACACAGUUGAAGAAGACAAUGAAGAAGCAAAGUAUGACAUUUUCCCAUGGGCUUUGGGCAAAGCCUGGAGAAAGCUCUUCCCUGAUUUCUUAAAGUUAAGAGAUCAACUUUGGAGUAGAAUUGACUACAGGGCUAUUGUAAGCAGACGCUGCUGUGAAGAGGUGAUGGCUAUUGCUCCAACACAUUACAUCUGGCAGCGAGAGCGCUCUGUGCAGCACAGCGGAGCUCUGAGGAGUUAUAAUGAUCAAGUGCAGCUGCCCCGAGGACCCAGUGCUACUCCUACAGAGUGCCUGCUCUGCGGGAAGAAAGGCAGAUUCGUACGACUUGGAUUAUCAUCUUCCUCCUCAUCUACUGACACUUUGGAGAUGAUGGACUUACACUUAUCCCAGAAUUCACAGGACACCCUUUCAACUAAAAAAAUGCUUAUCGACUCUCCUUCUUAUAAAGCCCAAGUAGACUGUCAGAGGCUGUCCAGCAAAAGGCAACUAUGUAGCACCCUGGAUCAAGAUACGUCUAUGGACUGGUUUACAAGCAAUGGAGAAUGAAAUGCACCUCAUAAGGCAGAAACAGAUACUAUGAUUUGCAGAACAAUCUGGACUGCAUCACACCACCAGACGUGAGGAUUCCCUUCAAAUGUUUCU